CAACGCUCUCGCGCUCUGCUGCUGUCCUUCGGUCGCCCGCCCGCCCGCCCGCCUCUUUCCCUUUCCCGCUCGUUGUUGUCCAGAGCCGGUCUGAGGGCGGCUCCGUCGAUGGCCAGCUUUCCCCCGACGGUCAACGAGAAGCUCAUCGGAAGGUCACGUGCAGUAGGAGAGCUUCUAGCCCCCGUUUCUCCUUUUGACAAGAAGUGUGGCCGUGAAAACUGGACUGUCGCCUUUGCCCCAGAUGGCUCCUACUUCGCUUGGUCACAAGGCCACCGCAUAGUGAAACUGGUUCCCUGGUCUCAGUAUCUUAAUAACUUUUCAGUGCAUGGUGUAAAAAAUUUUGCAAAUGCAAGCCAAUCAAGACUAUCAAGACAGAACAGCGAUGGUGACCAGAAGACCAAGCCCCGUGAGCACUCAAUAGAUUGCGGUGACAUUGUUUGGAGUCUUGCGUUUGGGUCUUCGGUGCCUGAAAAACAAAGUCGCUGUGUGAAUAUAGAAUGGCAUCGGUUCAAGUUUGGACAAGACCAGCUUCUGUUGGCAACAGGCUUAUCCAAUGGGCGUAUCAAAAUAUGGGAUGUCUAUACAGGGAAGCUCCUCCUUAACUUAAUGGACCAUACUGAAGUUGUCAGAGAUUUAACUUUUGCCCCUGAUGGGAGUCUCAUACUAGUGUCUGCCUCAAGAGACAAAACACUGAGAGUGUGGGACCUAAAAGAUGAUGGAAAUAUGACGAAAGUAUUAAGAGGACACCCAAACUGGGUUUAUAGCUGUGCUUUUUCUCCAGACUCUUCCAUUCUCUGCUCGGUGGGCGCCAGUAAAACAGUGUUGCUUUGGGAUAUGGAUAAAUACGCCCUCAUCCGGAAACUGGAAGGCCAUCACAAUGAUGUUGUAGCUUGUGAGUUCUCUCCUGAUGGAGCUUUGCUGGCUACUGCAUCAUAUGACACUCGCAUUUGUGUCUGGGAUCCCUAUAUUGGAGUCGUUUUGAUGGAGUUUGGGCACCUGUUUCCUGCACCUUCUCCGAUAUUUGCUGGGGGAGCAAAUGACCGAUGGGUCAGAGCUGUAUCUUUUAGCCACGAUGGGCUUCACAUUGCAUCUGUUGCCGAUGAUAAGAUGGUGCGAUUCUGGAGAAUCGAUGAAGAUUAUCCUGUGCAAGUUGCACCGUUAAGCAAUGGACUUUGCUGUGCCUUCUCUACUGAUGGGAGUGUUUUAGCUGCUGGAACGCAAGAGGGAAGUGUGUACUUCUGGGCCACUCCCAGGCAUGUCUCCAGCCUCCAGCACUUGUGUCGCAUGGCGAUCAGGAGAGUGAUGCCCACCAGUCACGUCGAGGCCUUGCCCAUUCCUUCCACAGUGGUGGCUUUUCUUUCCUACCGUUCUUAGAAAGGAAAGGGGUGGCAUCUGAAUCUGAUACCAAACUCUCCAUAGCCUUUGUGCUUUAGAACAUCACAGGCUUUGAACUGUAUUUGAUAAUUUUUUCAUUUUAAAAAAAUCAAAAAAAGGUCCUGAACUCUCUCCAUGUGGAGAUUUUAAAGAAGUUAUUUAUAGAAAAGGAAGAGGUAGAAGUAUUGAGACAACUUUUUUAACUUGCCAACUGUGAAACACCUGUACAUAAUUAGACAUAAGCUACCCUGUGCUGUCUAUGUGUAACUUUUGUGAAUGCUUUUUCUGAUGUAGUAUAUAGUGUUGUGUGUGUGUAUAUAUUGUGUCUCUGGAGCCUCCAGACACUAUAUGGUGCUUUGUAAAGUGGAAUGACAGCUCUGGAAGCAGGAGAGAGACACUUGGGCUGAUGUUGACAAAGCUUGGUUGCUUCAGCGCUGAGCUUGAAAAUACUGGCCUCUGUGCAGACAUCUUACUGCGUCUGCAGGACUGAUUGGCCCACAGAGUGUAAGGAAAGGGCAAGUGAGUUGAAAGGGGCGGGGGGAGCACAGGACUUGUACAUUGAUUUAAGAAGCAGGCACAUUAUCUUCAAGAAGGCCUUAACUUUGCAGCAGUGUGAAAGGUUAAGUUUUUAUCUUGUGGGAUUUUUAAAGGAAAAGUUUUCAACACCUUUGAAAUCCAGCCACUGUAUUCCUGCCUGACAAACUUCUUUAAUAUGUGAACAUCUAACAAACCUAGGCUAUUUUAAGUAUUCUGUAACUCUUUGCCAUUGCAAGGGUUGAUGCUAGGUAAACUACCAAAGAUGAGGCGUUCCCAUUUCGCUUUCGCCUUCUGUUUAUCUGUUCUUGCAGAUACAAAGAAUGUAUGCAUUGCUUAAAUGCCUGAUUAUAUAUAUUGAACCUUUUAUAUUAAAUAAAUGUACAAAAA